UUCAGAAGAGUUGUGCUUAAAUUAAAAUAGAAAGCGAUAUUAUCAGGAAAUUAUUAAGUGUUAAAAAAAACUUUAAACUAAAAUCUCUGAAAAUAGUGGCAUAAUUGAAAAUCUUUUAAAAAUCCAAGAAUCAUAUAAAAAUGUUUUUAAAAAUAUUUCUGUGUCUAACUUUUAACCUUUUUAUUUUAUCUCAAUAUGGGAACUGUGAAAACUGUGAUUCGGACGAAGUGUAUCUACAUCUAUUUGGUCAAAUUGAAAAUUUAAAAAGAUCUCUGGAAAUUGUAAACACACGUCUUGAUAUAUUAUAUGACAAAUCGUCUACUAACACUGACAAAAAAGAGAUGUCCGAAAACCCCCGAAAAAAGGUUCCAUCUAUAUUUGAUAUACGUUUUGAUUCCCUGCCCAAACAUUGUCUUUCUAAUGCUCAGCCCAGUUCUUGUGCCGCUGCCAUGGAAUGCACUCGUACUAGUGGCAUCUAUAAUAUCACCGAUUAUCGCUAUAGUAAUCAAACAUUUUCGGUUUAUUGUGAUUAUUACAAUUAUGAAGGUGACUGGACUUACGUUUUAAGACGCAAAGAUGGCACUGAGCAAUUUAACCGAACCUGGAAUGAUUAUGUCAAAGGUUUCGGAAGUUUAGCCAGUGAAUACUGGUUGGGUUUGGAUCAUCUAUAUGCUCUAACGAACUUCUAUGGGCCACAGGAAUUAAUAGUUCAUAUUGAAAGUUUUGAUGGAAUAAAAAAAUUCGCCCGUUAUGAUAACUUUGCUGUAGGAAGUGCUGCAGAGAAAUACAAAUUAAAGUCCCUGGGUGAAUAUUCGGUGAUAGUUUAUCCGAGCAUAUGGGUAUGCAAUUUUCUACAUACGACAAUGAUAAUGAUAAAUCUUCUGGCACAAAUUGUGCUAAAAGGGAGAAUGGUGGCUUUUGGUAUAAUAGUUGUGGUCACGCCAAUCCUACCGGCAGUUACCUACGUGGUUCACUUUCCGACAAAGAUGAUCAUCUUUAUUGGAAAACUUUUGGUCAAUUUUACUAUUCACAUAAAACUAUGAUAUUUAUGAUUCGUCGACAAAGUGCUGAAAAGUUCGAGUAACUAAUUAAUGUGUCAGUAGUACAUAGUUCCAGAAUCUACACAAUGUGACAAAAUUUAUGUUGAGACAAUAAAUUCGAAAUUUUUGUAUAAAUUUGUAAAAUAAAUCUUAUAAUUUAAAAUAUA